AGGAAAGGGGCGGGUGUGUGACGGGUCGGUUCUCUUUAACUCUGGCAUCGUUUUAAGAACGUGAAUCACCCAGACAAGAUGGCGCACUGCUCGUCUACAUGGGGAAUUCUCGCUCAGCUGCUCUUGUUUUGUGGAUUGGGUGAGUAGCUGAUGAUUUAAUAAAGUUGUGUUUGAUAUUACAAAAGUUAGUUGAAAUGCAUUGGGUGAGUACCUGAUGAUUUAAUAAAGUUGUGUUUGAUAUUACAAAAGUUAGUUGAAACGCAUUGGGUGAGUAGUUAAUUAUUUGGCAAAAUUGUGUUUGUUAUUUCAAAAGUUAGUUGAAACGCGUUGGGUGAGAAGUUGAUUAUUUGGCAAAGUUGUGUCUAGUUUAGUAUUACAAAAGUUAGUAUUACAAAAGUUAGUUGAAAUACAGAUUUCUUUAAGUUUCACCAAGUAUAACAUCACCCACAUGGAAUCCUUCAAUUAUCAAAUAUGAUAUUAUACAUUCUGUCUAUGUAACACACUUUUUUUACGUCGAAAGUUUUCAUGAACUUUAUAUUGUGCUACAUGUUUAUAAUUUCAAGAAAAUUCAUAAAAUUCCCCCAUUUUAGAUCAAACGUAAAAACAGUUUUAUCUUGUUUGGUUUUAUUUUUGUUAAGACUUUGUUUCUAGGGAGCUAUGAAAACUCCGUUAAAAAACAUCUUCUCUAACUAUUCCGUUAAAUCCGAUGUUAAAUCCCGUAUUUAGUUUAAUCAAGACUUAUGUUCCAGCGAACAAUCCAAUUAUUGUAUUCGUAGUCCAAUAUUAUUGUAGUUCAAUAGUUAUCAUAUUGUUUUGUUCAAUUUUAGUACAAGAUUAUUGUAGUCCAAUAUUAGUGUAGUCCGUAUUUAGCCCAUUGCCUCGUUCAAUUUUAGUCCAAUAUUAAGUCUCAUUAAAUAGUCAAAAAUUCAUUCGAUUAUUUUCUACAAUUUUAGGUCACUGGUUUAGUUUAAUGUUUAGGCAGAUCGUUAUUUAAAGUAAAAUGCGUUGUUUAGGCACGCUAUAUGGCUAUAUGCCAAUAACUCAUUAUAUCAUUAUAUUUAGAUAUCAUAGCAAAAAUAUAUUUAUAUAUAUGCAUAUUCAUAUAUAUAUAUACCUAUAAAUGGGAAUAAGCAAUAUAAAGAAUCAAAUCUUGAUUUAGAUCAGGGAUGUUUAAACUAAGGCCCGCGGACCAGAUCCGGCCCUAGAAGCGUCCUUAGUCCGAACCACCAGGCCGCCAUAAAGUUAUCUGGGUAGCAGUAACAGAUGUGGAACCAGACGUUUAUAACCCAUUAGCCUUACUUCCCUUUGAAACACUAUCAAGUUUAAGUCAAUUUAAAAUUUUUCGUCUCAAUAUUUUAUUGUCUUUUCCGGGCACCUUGUGUAUCCAAUCAAUUUAAAAUAAGAUAUGUGCAGGUUGCAUAAGAUGAAUUCAUAUUUUUUUCCAAAAUAUCUUCCGGCCCCCGACAGUGUCUGAGGACACAGAUCCGACCAUCUAUUUAAAAACUGUGAUUUAGACCUAAAGAUGAUUUAUACAAUGGCUUUAUUGAUUCAGAUGCAUACUUUUGUAGUUUUGUAUUACUUAUUGCUGAAAUCUUAAAUAAAAAAUAGUCUAAAUAUAAAGGAAUAUUUCUUUAUUCACGUGACUAUGUACCAAAUGUGAAGCAUUCCUCAACAGUUACGCGAUAAACUAAAUAUAUUUAUAAAUUUUAAAUAUUUGCUUGAUAAUAUUGUUAAAACCAUACGUUUUUAAAGGAUGGUUUACAGUUAAGCCUACGACUCAGCCACAUGGGUGGGCCUGGUAAACUGUUUGAUUGUUGUUUUAGUAUUUAAAUGCUUCCCUUCGUAAAUUAUCAAACCAUAAGAAGUUUCAAACAGAUUUUGAUCUUUGUCUACGUGCUGUUACUAGUGUUGCUUUUUGUUCUCACUUAACUUAGCAAUUUAACAGGAUAUUGAUUUCAAUAUGAAAGAGAAAAUAAGUGGACUGUGACCCAUAAAUAUUUGUGCGCUUUGUUUACUUCUAAUAACUUCUAACUUCGGUGUAUCUAAGCUGACACGGUUGUUCCCCCUUGAUAUCGCACCGUCUCUUUUUCCAGGUGCCAGCCAGAAGGCAAGGUGUCCAGAUGAUUAUCGCUACAGAGUGGAAACAUGUGUCAUGGAGGCACAGGUGGCCCCACAAGCUGGAGGGGGGCUGCCCCUGAUAACUGAUAUGGACAAACUUGAAGAGUUGUGCGAGUAAGUAGGCUUACGUGUGACCACAUCUAUGCUUGAGUUGGAAUGACUUGAAUUUAAAUGACCUGAUUUUGAAUGACUUAAGUCUGAAUUACUUGAGCCUAAACGACUUGUUGGUGAACGACUUGUGUGUGAGCGACUUGAGUGUGAAUGGCUUGAGUGUGGAUGACUUGAGUGUAAAUGCCUUGAUUGUGAAUGACUAGAGUGUGAAUGACUUGAGUGUGAAUGCAUUGAGUCUGAAUGCCUUAAGUGUGAAUGCAUUGAGUCUGAAUGCCUUAAGUGUAAAUGCCUUGAGUGUGAAUGACUAGAGUGUUAAAUGAUUUGAGCGUGAAUGCCUUGAUUUGUGAAUGACAAGAAAGUGAAUGACUUGAGUGUGAAUGACCUAAACGGGUUUGUUUACAAUGGUUACCGGAAAUUUGAUCGAAAGAAAUUUCGUCGACGGUAAAUUGAUCGACGGUAAUUGGAUCGACCGGAAAUUUGGUCGAAUCUUUUUUUCAGUUCACACGUUAAGAUUUUCGUCAAAUUUCUUUUUGAACGCACUAUGCUAUAUAGUAAAACAAAAUAAUGCGUUCAAAAAGAAAUUUGAAGCAAAAUUUAAACGUAAAAACGGAAAAAAAGAUUCGACUAUAUUUCCGUUCGAUCAAAUUACCGUCAAUCAAUUUACCGUCGACGAAAUUUCUUUCGAUCAAAUUUCCGGAUACGGUUUACAAUAAAUAUUCCUGGAAAAUGCUGACGCAUGUGCGUGUCAUAAUAUGCACUUGACUCGUACGUUUUCUUGCGCAUAAGCUAAACACAAUCCAUCCAACUUAAGAACUUUGAAAAAAAACAAGAACUAUAAUUUAUCCUCUUACAGGAAGCUAAAUAUCCAUAUGUGUAAGUGUAAGUGUAUUCUUUACUUGAACUUGAACCAUUGUCUCACAUCUGUUUCAUUGUUUAGACAACUAGCAAUGAUUUGGAAAAUGCGCCAUUGCUUACAUGGACUACUUGUCUAAUUCUAGGUCAGACAUGUUUCAGGCAGUGGCGUUGUAAGGCGGUGUAGAGGGCACCUGGCGCCCCGGGUGCACCUUUUUUCUUUAUGGAAAGGGGCGGCAUUAUUUUUCCGGGCUGACUUGGCCAAGCACAAAGACUUCGUUUCACCCAGACUGCGGGAGAUAAAAAAAAUAAAUUAAUACCAUGAUAAGUUUUGAGAACUUUGUUCCCUUGGUCACAGUUACUAAGAAAAAUGAGGGAGGGGGGGGGGAAGGGCUGUCCCUCCACGGGGAGAGCCUUUUCUGGUACAAGAUUUUGUAGUCGGCGGUAACGAAAUGAAAAUAUGGUAUCGAAGAUCAUCAGAGUCACGAUUGCUCUCUCCAUAGUGAUUUAAUGUAAUUGUACCGGAUCUUUAAACUCUAUUUUCUUAUUUUAGUUAAAUUGAAACAGUAAGCAGAGUUUCUCUCCUAGCAUGUAAACGAGUUUCUUGGACUCGCCAUUUUAACAGUCCUUGAUAGAAUAUACUAUUUUAAAGUCAAUAAGUAUUCAAAAAUACAAAGGCACCGGUACGAAUAGAUUGUUACAAAAUGGGGCACAUCCUGUUAAAUGCACACGGGUUUCUGAAGAACGAAAUCGUGUUUUUUCCCCUUUAUAGCAUUUAGUCGCUGUCUAUCAAAGUGGCCCGCGAAGCCUUUUGCUUUGGCCACCCUCAUGAUUCAACAAAUUGUACCAAAAAAAAAAAAAAAAAAAAAAAAAAAAACAAAAAAAUGCAGGUAUUUGCGCGUAUGUUAACUAAAUUUCACCCUGGACGACAUAUCAAAAGUGACCCCUCCCCUCCAAACACUUACCAUUUGUCUAAUCCCAAAAGUGUCGCCCAUGGGCCGUCACCUACUUCCCACUUUAAAAAAAAAAAUAUAUAUAUAUAUAUACACAUAGAUUGAAGUUUGUUUUCUAUAACCAACAAGUACCGAGCCUGAUGGCAGCACGCCGCUUGGUAGAAUGAUGAAUUUUUCGCUGUCGUACAUAUGAUUUUAUGCCACCGCUUUUGUCACGUAAUUGGUAGAAGAAUGUUUAUGUUUUAUUUAGGAUAUUUACUAGCGUGCAGCGUGCGCAAAGUAGUUACAGUACUGAGACCGACGCAACUUGAACGCGUACAUGCGUUUGUCAACCGUGCAAUGACCCAACCGGCACGUGUUCCCUAAGGUAUCAAGUUGCAUUGACAGUUUUGUUGGGAAUGGGUCUUUUUACGGAGGAAAUAAAAAAAAACAAACAUCAUAUUUAAGCACUAUUUUCACUCAUUCACAACUGGUCGUGAAAAAAGGGCAGGGGGCGUGGUGGUGAUUUUGAAAAAAGGGUGGCAGACGAUUGGCGAGAACAAAUUUAAGAGGACAAAAUAAGACGGUUAUGCUGAGUAUUGUUAAGAAAUGUGGCCGUUCUGGUAAAGCACUGUCUCAACGGAACAGUAAGACGAACGUAUUUGAAACUGAACCCCUACAAUACGUUCGUUCAGUGUUUGAUAAUGUUCUGUGGUGCAAGGAACCUUUACGUGAAUAGACAGUGGUAUCAAUAGGACGGAGUGACUAGCUAUAACGCUAGAGAAUCUAUUGCCAUGUUGCAAAAAAAACUUUCAUGGGCGAAUAAUGUCACAUGCAUGGGACUGAGUUCCCGUCAGUGGCGUAGCGAGGGUGUUUGGCGCCCGGGGACAAAAUUCGCGCCCGGGGACAAGAUCCAUUUUAAAGCGCCCCUUUUUCUUUUUUUCAACUCUCAAACCCAUUAUUUUCAUUGAUAAAAUAAUAUCAAAGCACAUUUUGGCGCCCCAAACUCGCUGGCGCCCGGGGACAUAUGUCCCCCCUGCCCCCCACCACGCUACGCCUCUGGUUCCCGUACACGUCUCAUUCCCCUGAACUUACACCACCCGAUGUCUUUUUUGGUGAAUGUUAAAGGGGAGUGUGUUCACCUGUGAAGAUCUGCCAAGAUUGGCGUCUGUAUUACGCUAGAGAACAAGUAUCCUUCUGCAGCAGUCUGCAGCAACCGUUUUUUAAUGACAUGCUUGAAAAUCUAUGUGAGCGUAUCCGGAAAUUUGAUCGAAAGAAAUUUCGUCCACGGUAAAUUGAUCGACGGUAAUUUGAUCGAACGGAAAUAUGGUCGAAUCUUUUUUUCCGUUUUUACGUUUAAAUUUUGCUUCAAAUGUCUUUUUGAACGCAUUAUUUUGUUUUACUAUAUAGUAUAGUGCGUUCAAAAAGAAAUUUGACGAAAAUUUUAACGUGUGAACUGAAAAAAAAAGAUUCGACCAAAUUUCCGGUCGAUCAAAUUACCAUCGAUCAAUUUACCGUCGACGAAAUUUCUUUCGAUCAAAUUUCCGGUAACCCUUUGUGAGCGAUAUGAACACUGUCUACGAUGAAGCAGUGCACUCCAUUCUCGAGCAUACGACGGGAUUAUGGGAUAAUAAUGAACAUCUAUUUGAGGAGGGGGGAAUCAAGGAGCUCACCGGGAGAUAGGCCUACGAGCUUCAACUCCACCACCGACCACACUAAACAUAAUGCGUUGCCUACACAUGUCGUAGUUAGAUCUAAUUUUAUGAUUUUUCCUUUUGGCACUGAAAAUGGUACUUUCAUUUUUUUUUUUAAAUGACAAGAGCAGUGUGGUCCAUGGAAAAUUUAAAGUGUAAACCGAGUUUGUAUCGACAUGUUAAUAGGCGCAAUGAUGUUUAUUGUAAUGUUCUCACAGGAGAGGCAUACUCCAAAAGACAAUCGACUGUCUAAGAGACAUUCAAACACGAUGCUCGGACAACGUCACGCAGAGACUGGAACUGGAUAUGCUUUUCAGCAUUGAAGAGUGGAAACAGGGCCAAGAACUCUUGUGUGAAGAUCUUAACCGUAAGUUAGGUAAAGGAAGUCACCACGACUUUCAUAAAAAAAACACUACCAUUUGAUGUACCUUACUUACAUGCAGCGCCUUAAUACAAUGUUUCGUCCUUGCUUCUCAAAAAAAAAAAAUAGCUCCCAGAGAGGGGGAGAGAGUGGGGGUUGCCGAUAAAUCUUUAAGUAUAAGAUGGUUACACUUACUGGCAGAUAGCCUACCGAACAAGAGAAUUGCAGAAAUUUGAAUAUACAGAAUAUGCUAUUUUCCUCCACAAAGUUGCAUGCUUACGUCAUGCAUAAAAAAAAUCUUACUUUAGAAAAACAUGAUUUGACCUUAAAGUGAACAUCUUAAGAUCGAGUACACAAUACCGGUACUGUCUCAAUGAUCUUAAAGAUUAAUUAUUAGUUGUUUUUUUUUCCAUUAAUAACCAGAUUCUUGUCUCAAACUGAUUUUAACAUAUAAUUGAUGUUAAAUUUUUGCCUGAAUAAUAAAAUGGAAUGAAAUGACCCAUGGGUUUAAUUUUAUUCUUACAAUUGCCUCUGAAUACACUGAUGAUUACUCAAAUGUUAUGGUAAUUGCAUGUUGAAAUGGAAUGAUCAUUCUCUCCAAGAGUAUUUAUCUUUUCCCUGAAAGUUAUAAAACAUGUACUGUUCAUUUAUUAUUGGCACCAAAUAAAGUCGUGCAGCCAUGGAAGACACUCAAGGUAAGCCAACCACUUCACUGAGCAUCACACUGAGCUUGCAUAAAAUUAAUAGACUGCCAUCAUAUCAGCCAUGAGGUUCCCUCUGAUAAAAUGGUUUUACACUUUUGCUUUUCACGGUUGAUGGCGGCUUGUAGACUCUCGUAUUUCUUGCUUUAGGUAUUCUCAUAGUAUUACGCAAUAGUUUUUUUGCACUGCUUAACUUUAACAUGUUUGUUUUACUUCACAGUAGGAAGAGAAUCUUUCAAAAUUCGCAGCUUAUGCCAUUCCCUUUUCUUUCAUCCAACAUUUUACUAACAGUUAUACUUUGAAGUAUCUUAUUACUUUUAAAUAUAUUUUGUUUUUUUAAUGGUGUUAAGCUAAUAAACCAGUGCCAUAAUUUCAGAUUUCUAUUUAAAAUUUAUCUAAAUUGAUUCAACAAAGGAGUAAAGACUUGAAGUAUAUCUUUAUUUGAGGCCGUUUUUGUCAUACAAUUUCACAUUUGUAGAAAUAUAAAUUCAUAAAUAUAUAUAUAUAAAUAUACAAUCAUAAGCCAGAUAUGAGCAUACAAAUCAUUUACUGAUAACAUCAUACAGAUAUAAGAGAAAUUUACGUACUGAAAUGGAACUAUUUUAGUCAGAGAAUUAUUUUUAAUAGUUUUGUAGUUUGAACAUGAACACUAGUGUAAAAUCUUUAAUGAAAUUGGUGUGUCUAAUGUACACGGCAUAUGCACAGUUCUGUUUCAAUGACCUGGCUAUUUCAGUAUUCAAGAAUCACUUUGACUGUGUGUCCAAGUUCGGGCCACGCAUUUCCAGCUGCAUUCUCCUUAAGACACAGAACUUCCGUAAAGAUAUCACCAAUGCUGGGAUAGCCCCACACAGAACAUUACAUGACAUAACUUGCAAGUAAGUGGGAACCACUUGAUAAGCUCGAAGGGUAAAGGUGAUAGCAGAAUUUAAAACUUCUAGAAGAUCUGCCUGGGCCAAAAGACCACUAUCAGUUGCUUUUAUGAAGCACCCUAUGAACAAUCCCUGCUAGGUACCAAGUGAAAAUCCCUGCGAGAUACCCAGUGAAAAGAUUUAUUGGGGCAUUUUGGGCAUGUUCAAUUCUUUUUUUUGUUUGUAUAAAUAUAACUACAGCACUAAAAUACUAUAUUAAGACCCAUCUACAAAAGCCAUUCAAAUUACUAUUCACAUAAAUGUUAAUGUAAUAUAAAAGCUAAAACUUCACAAUCAAAGACAGAGAGGAAAAAAAAAAAAGAUUAAAUUAAAAAAAGGGAAAGUCAACCCCUUAAAAAAUCUUUAUGAAACAUAAAUAACUGCUUUUUAGAGACUUUCUUUCUAAUCACUAAUUGAUAUAGUUUGUAGAAUAAAAUUUUAUUUAUUGUGCAAUAAAGAAUUUUGUCGCUUAAGUCACUUUGCUAUGCUGUCUUUAUUUAAAAACAGGAAAUAAUUCUUAUUAUGUCAAUAAUUUAAAGAUUACAAUAUUAAAAAGUAGAAAAAAAAAAAAGUUUAAAAAUACUUUCAAAGAAAAGUUUAAAACAUUUUAAAAAUUAAUAAAACAUGACACAUUUAAGUUUUUCUUCAUUUAAUUGGAAACCUUUGGCUUCAUAGAAUUCUUUUCUACAGACUUUCUUUGCAUAAUGUAUUUUAAGAAUUUUACAUAAUAUUCUACUUCUUAGUGCGAUUAAACUCAUCUUUGAUAGAAAGUUUAAAAAAUAUUUUUUUUAUCCUACUCGUAACUUAUACUACUUCUUCAAGCUUAAAAUCAUGUCAUUCUUUAAUCUCUUAGUUUUGCAGAAAAUAUUGUGAACUGUCUGGAGCGUCCGUUGGCAAGAGCAUGUCCCAUUGAAGUUGUUGAUACAAUGGUCAGUGCCUUACACAAAUUUCUGCCCCCAGCAUGUGCACCGGUGCCCAUUCUGUACAAGACAAAUGAUGGGCAGGUUCAGAGAAGAAACAGUCAAGAUAAGUCAGAUGAGCCCCUGGAGCCCAUCAUUUUUGAGACAGUUAUUGUUGAAGGUGGAGAAGCAGAGAACUAAAGGUCCAUACAGAAGACAAGUCUGUGCUGGCUUGAGUGAUUGCUUCUUCUUAAGUCAGGCCAAAAAUUUGGCCUAGUCAUGAAAAUUAUUGAUCUAAAUAUGGGAUAUGUGUUUGAAUAUCUAUGGAAAAUAAUUUUUCUAACAGACAAAUUUUUGGCAUUAAUUAAUCUGUAGAACUUUAUUUUCCCUAGAUCAAACAUUGGUUUUUUUUUUAGUUUAAAAAGUAAUGCACUUACUAUGUGAUCUGGGCAAGAGGUAAUGUAACAGCUUAUUAUGUAUAUAAUAAUCUUCAUAAUGGUUUUUUGGGAUAUAUAAAUAUACAUAUUUAAAGUUAUUUAAAAAAUGGCCAGAUAUUUUCAUGAAUAAAUUUUGUACCUUAAAAAUAUCUUUUACAGUACAAUUUACAUGUAAAAAUCAGGGCAAAGUUAAAGAAACAUCUUGUAAAACAAUUAAUAGACAAAUAGAUCAGGAGAGUGGAAAGUUACAAAGUGAAAAAUCUAUUCUAAAUUAAAAAAAACUACACGAAAUUUAAAAGUCAAUGACUUGGUUCCAUCAUUAAAUGAUUCAUUUUCUGCAAUAAGUGCCAUAAGCACUGUACAUAUAUUUAGUUUGACAUGAGAUCAACAGCUGCUUAUUGAUAUCCAUUUUUUUUAUAUCAUGGGUAUAUAAGAAAUUUACUUUAUUGUUGUACAGUUCUCAGGUACAUCAAUUUCAGUUCAGUAGUCAGAAGUAAAUUUAGUAAUAAUUGUCACAUGUGGAGUUAAUUUUAAAAAAUUGAACAUUAAAAACAAAAAGAAAUAAAAGCAUAAAUUAGGCAUGGAUAAUUAUUAUAUCCCUUCAAUAUGGAGAAAUAAAUGCUUGAUUAAAAAAAUAUUUGUUGAUAAAACUUGUUCAUUUCAAAUUAAAGAUCAAAUGUUGUUUUUUUUUGUUGUUUUAAAACGUGUUUCAAUUUUGUUGAGAAGCAAAAAUGUAAAAUUAUGCAUUUGAGGUGAGGGAAUGAAAGAUAUAUGUAAUUUAUAUUUGCACUAUUCAGGUUGAUUUAAAAAGAAAUUCAAAUUUAAAA